AUGGGAGAUAUUCAGGACUCGGACCUUAUAAAGGCCCAACUCGCCAUGGACGCCUUGAGCGCCAGUCGGGCGACCCGCUCCAAGACCCAAGCACCACCAAAACCACCAACAAUCGAUCCGAGCACCGAAGCCCUUGAUGCUGGCGCUUACAAGGUCUGGAAGGACCAAGACACGGGCAAGUUACUGCCCACCUGCGGUGCACUCCUGCCUCCCGGUUAUGAACUGUCCGGUCAUCCCGAACUUCCUUGGAUAUGCCCAGUCAGAAGUUGUCGAGCCCUCUUACCGGGCCUUCCAAAUUUGGGCAGACAUUUUCUUGUGCUUCACCGUGCUUGUCGAUUAAACGAUAAUCUGGACGGCACCUUGACCGACCUUGGGAGAUAUGCCAACCCCACCCCUGGCAAUGGCAGAAGAUUUGGCGGUACCACUAAAUCCUGUAUCAUUGUAUCCAAAAAGUACAUGAGCCCUGCGGAAUCACCCAUGGUUGAACCUAAACCCUACACACCACAUGCCCACAACAAAUCCCUGCCUGUACAGGAAGUUCCCAAGCGCGAUCUUCGUCGGCGGUCGCCAAUCGAUGAGAGUGAAACCAUCCAGGUCUCAGCUAUGAGUGACCAUGAGCUUGAACCCCAGGAUAAGAUCAAGGGUGCUAUUGUUCCUUCCAACGCGGGGCCUACCGAGAAGAUAUUGGUAACCGCAAAAUCCGGACGUCCAUACAACAUGUGGCCUGACCAGUCCGGGGCGUGGAAAGAACUACGCGGCGUCUUAUUGCCGGACGAAUGGACCCCUUAUACGGAGCAUCCCACCCACCAAUGGAUAUGCCCAGUCAGAUCAUGCCGGUACCUAUACAGCGCCAAGUAUCACCUUGCCAAUCACUUCAAGAUGAGAUACUACGGCUGCCGGCUGAAUGACAAUCUGGACGGGACCUUUACCGUUGUUAAGCGUCCUACAACUGGUCUCCAUAUUGAGCAACUUCGGAUCGACUAUCACAAUGACCCACCGGUCGUGGUAUCGCGUGGAGCAAGAGAGAGUGAACCAUUAGCGGAACCCCAGAUAUCUCAGAACUAUGUCAAUCGAAUGUUGCGACAGCAUCGCAGAGGGAAAAGUUCCUCAACGGGUAGCUCAAUUGGAGAAACUAUCAUCAAGGAUAGUAGAGACUUGCAAGAAAUGCAUAACACAGAACGUACCAGCCCCCCAGCUGUUUAUAAGUCAGCUGGAAAUGCCCGCGUUAUCCCUUCUGAUGUUGGGUUCGAUAAUGCCACCGAUGGUCGGCCUUAUACCCAUUGGCUGAAUCCGGAGAUCAAUCGGUUUCAGGUGACCCGAGGAUUGAUCCCUGAAGGCUACCAACUUGAACUUCAAGCGUUUCCCCUUCGACCCUGGAUAUGCCCCAUCAGGUCAUGCAGACUCCUCCUCAGAGGGCAAGCAGCCUAUAGCAAUCACUGGACCGUAUGUCAUCCCAGCGUUUGCGUAAACGACAACCAAGACGGGACUUUUAGCAUCGUUGAAGGCCGCAGCAAGACCGGUCCUCGUGUUGUGUCUAGGGGCCCAAUGAAUUAUGACGAGUCACCCUUGAGAGAGGCACAUUUGCCCAACAAGGAACACAGGCGUGUUGUGGAGCCGGAUAUCUCGACCGACGAUGAUAAAAGUCAGAACAACGAAAUGCCGGGCCGGAUAAGCCAAAAGCGGACUCUCGACGAAAUAACAACAUCACCACCAACACCAGAACCAGGAGAGGAAGUUGGGCAUCCCGAAGGACUGCGACGAUAUAUCACCUCCCAGAUCGGGGGUAACUUUCCAGAAAUAGAGGAAACAGAACUGGAAGUUCUCCUCUCUCUACCCCGUCGGCGAGAUCUCAAGUUGAAGCACCCUCUUCCAGUCACUCACACACUCGCUCCUAAGCAGCUCACCGCAGUAGUUGCGCAACUUACUGGGCGCGAAGCCCCCAAGCCAUGUACUGCAUGUCGGCGCCGCGCAGGGCCUUUCAAGGGCUGUAUCACCAUUAUACCCAAGAUUAGCGUCAAGUUACGCAGGUUGGUCUCUGUUAGUUAUCGCAACGCUUGUGCCAACUGUCUUUACGGCAACACAUACAAUGCAUGCAGUAUCAAGCACCUGAACAAAACUGAAGAGCGCGCGACACGCGUGGUUGCGUUUGGAAAUGGUGGUGAUGUAGAAGAAGCAGGGGACGAAGCAGGGGACGAAGCAGGCGAUGAGGCAGAAGACGAAGCGGAUGAGGAGGAGGAGGAGAACGAGGAGGCUUACGAGUACGACGAGCAACUUGGCGCCACGGUCAUCCGGCGCUCGCAAAGAUUUCCUAGUAUUGCUGCUGCGGAAGAGAGCGAGGCAGAUGUGGACGGAGUACCAUCGCCACGAAAUGUGAUCACUCUCAAGGACCCAUCGCCGACUUGCGCUUCAGCUAGCUUGGAUGCCGCAGAAGAGGAACAGGAAGAUGUCGAGUAUCGCCGGGCCAGCAAGCGUCUCCGGACGAGGGAACAAACCGCCGUACCGACCUCAAUUCAGGCCACUGCUGCUUUUGCUUCGUCUUUGUUGGUGUCUAAGGAGGAUCUCGUAACCGAAGACUGGGAAAGAGGUUCAAGAGGGGUUCUCCCCAGGCGGCGCCACCCAUCGGAAAACCUCGUCUACUCCUCCUCGUACCUCUCAGCCAACCAGACCAUCCAGAUAUGCAAAUCGACCACCCUGACAGCACUCGCCAUCACCUCGGGUAGCACUCAGCGGCUGCCCGCCGACCAAACCCGCACCCGAAUAUGCACCCUCGUCAGCGGCAAGCUAAGGGUGAUACUGAACGAUGGCGAAGACGAGUUUACUGUUGGCCCACGUGGUGUGUUCAAGCUCAGCCCAGGCGCGACGUGCUUGCUGGAGAAUGGGUGUUAUCUGAACGCGGCGGUGCAUGUAACUGCUGUGGCUGAUCGAUAG